AUGUCGCAGAAGCCCAUCUUUGUGGCUACUCACCCCCGGGCGUGUUCCACGGCCUUUGAGCGAGUCUUCAUGACUCAGCGGGAUACCAUCCAGUGUGUCCACGAGCCGUUUGGUGAUGCCUUCUACUAUGGACCUGAGCGGUUGUCGACCAGAUUCGCCGACGAUGAACAGGCCCGUCUGGACAGCGGAUUCAGCCAGUCGACGUUCAAGACCGUCCUGGAUCGCAUCGAGCGCGAAUCAUCUGAGGGCAAACGCGUCUUCAUCAAGGACAUAAUCCACUACCUCCUCCCGCCGCACGGCCAACCCGCCAGCAUCGCGCCAUCCCUGCACAGGAUCAAGCGCGGUGUAGGCACAGAGCAGCCGGAGGAGCCGAAGGCAACGCCGUACCCGUAUGCGACGGAGGCUGAACCCGGCAACCCGACCGUGAUGCCGCGGGCGCUCCUGUCGCAGUUCCACUUUGCCUUCCUCAUCCGCGACCCGCAUUAUAGUGUGCCCUCGUACUACCGCUGCACGAUCCCGCCGCUGGACGCGGUGACCGGGUUCCAGAACUAUGACCCCGCCGAGGCCGGGUACGACGAGCUCCGACGGACGUUCGACUAUCUUCGUGACACGCGUCUGGUCGGCCCGCGGGUCGCCACGCACGAGCAUGACGAGACGGAGCAGGACUCCUCCGGUGGCAGGGAGGAGGAGGUGGAGAUUUGCGUCGUCGACGCGGACGAUAUGCUCGACAACCCGGCCCCGAUGAUCGAGACCUUCUGCCGUAGCGUGGGCUUUAAGUACGAUCCCUCGAUGCUGUGCUGGGAUACUGAGGCCGAUCACGCGUGCGCGCGGGCCGCGUUCGAGAAGUGGAGGGGUUUCCAUAACGAUGCUAUUGAGUCGACGGGCUUGGUGGGUAGGAAACAUCCCCGAGCCCAGAAGACCGAGGCCCAAUUCGACGCUGAAUGGCAGGAAAAGUACGGGCCCGAAGGCGCUGCCCUCAUCCGCAAGACCGUGGAUGCCAACAUGGCGGAUUAUCUGUACUUGAAGAAAUUCGCCAUGAAGGUUUAG